UCUCUUUCUCUUUCAUCUUCAUCUUCCCCACCCCCCUUUUUUCUUUUCUCCGUUUACCCUCUUUUAGUAAACUAAAGCUCUUGUUUAAGUGUAGUUGUGAUUUUUAAAACUUGAAGUUGUAUUUGGACAUGUAGUUUUCUUGAAAAAAAAUUGAACUUUUGUUAGUGGGGGUGAAGUUUUGAAGAUAAAUUUGAUUUUUUUAUUGAUUAUGGCCAAACGCUAGUUCUGUGGUUCUUUCUUUGUUGCAUUCAGAUAUUGAUGUUUGUUUGUAUUUGUUUAUCAAUUUUUGGCUUGAUAAAUUGUCUGUAUUCAGUCUCUGUUCUUUGUUUCCACUUUAUGUUGAGUUAACAAUUUAUAGAUUUAUGCACAACUUCGUUUUAUAGGACAACUAGUUGUUUGUAGCAAUUUGCUGGCUCUGUGUAAGACUGUUAUUAUCAUUUUGUCAAUUAUAUGGCUGAAAUUUAAGAUGUUGGAGAAAAAAGGUGUGAUUUUAGCCUUUUGGGAUGUCUCAAAAUGUUAAAAACCAUGAAAGUUUUUUUUUUAAAAAAAAAAGGAGUCAGUCUCCAUGUCAUGACGGAGGCAGGAUUUUCACCCAGGGGUUCAUCGUCACUAGCUUCACGUUUGGAAACAGAUUUUAGUGAGGGCUUCCCUUUGAUGUAAAAGUAGUAGGGAGUAUUAGAUUUUGAUUCAUCAUAUUUGCGGUGAUGUUGUUAAUCAGUGAAUUGUUACUAUCCAUGUUGCAGAACCUGUUUUUGUUACUAAUUCAGUCUGCCGUCAUAUCAAAUUUGAAUUCGCAUAUAGAAGAUAUUACUAAGAAGAAAUGAACUUUGGUUUCCUUGGUUUUACUAAACAGAACUUUUUCAAAGACAUCCGAACUGAUUGGAUAGUGGAGAGCUUGGAACUGUUUGAAUUCCUCUUGCAUUCUAUGAGGAUAAAUUAAUGCAAUUUAACUUUUAAGAGGGUAGUUUGUUGAUUUUCAGAGUGCUUCCAGCAUUUGAGGGAACCAUUUCCCUAAUAAUUUUUGUACACAUUUCAGUGUUGUCGUUCAUUAUAUAGCCAGCCUUAAUCUGGUUAGACUUAUACCGAGAAUGUUCUAAAUUUGUCAUAUUUAUCUGAUGGCGUACAUAUGACCACUUUUGGAAGUAUAGAUGGCAGAGUUACUUCAAUUGGUCAACACUGUUAUGAUCUUGCUGAUCAAGCCUUUGUCACUUGUCAAAUUCACUUGCUUCUUUGGUGUGAGAACAAUAUGCAUUGUUAUCCAAACAUGGACAGAACUGCUUAGAGCUGCUAUGGGUUUUCAUGCCAGAUUACUCUGGAAACUGAUAAUUUGGGCUAUUGCUGUUCUAUCCCUGCCUAUACGAAGUUUAACUGCUCUACAAAGGGAAAGGGCGCUGGAGAUGCAUCUGCAGGAAAUGCAGAUCGAGUUUGAGAAUCUUGUUUGGGAAAGGAAGCAACUUGAGAAGAAAAUACUAGUAGCCAUCAAGGAUAAAAAGAUAAUGCAGGCCAUGUUAGCAGAACUCGAGGAUGAACAUGACGAUGCCAUCGUCAAAAUUGAGCAAUUGGAGGACCAGCUGGAUAACGUUUUUCCGUUCAGACAUGUAUUUCUUGCUACUUCGAAAAAAAUGGAUCUUAUUGAGAGAGACAUUGAGGUAAACUGGUCACAGAAAGCGGUAGCUUCGAUUUGUUAUAAUGGUCCUCUUCAGAAUCUGAAGGUGGAAAAUCAACGAUUGAAUGAAGUUCAUGGUAAAGCCCUUUCAGACCUAAAAGACCAUUUUGAUGGCCCAGUAAUGCAAGGCUGUAGCGAUGCUGUUCCAUUUUGGAGAUCAAGUGGCAUUGAGAGCGUGGCCAUACACAAGGAAGGAAUGCAAGAAGAUAAAAGCAAAAGCGGAAGUACGAGCUCUGAAUUUGUGGAAGCCAGAUCCUGUCGAGAUGUCAACAGGCCACGUACUCAGACCACGUCUGAGUAUUUUGACACAAAUGAUGUGCUACAACAACGAAGGGAUCUAGCUGUUUCCCAGACCCUUUUUAGUGCAAUAUUAUCGCUCUUAGUUGGAACGAUCAUAUGGAAAGCUGAAGAUGCAUGCAUGCCUCUAGUCCUCGCGCUAUUUGCUGUCGUUGGCAUGUCGUUGUGGAGUGUGGUCCAGUUCUUCUCAACCAUUAGGAACAGACCUGCGUCUGAUGCAGUUGCUCUCUUGAGCUUCAAUUGGUUUUUGCUCGGAACGCUGACAUAUCCUACGUUGCCAAGGAUCACCCCUGUAUUUGCACCAGUGUUAUGGACUCUCUCAGACAGGGCUGUGGAGCUGCUAGGUUUCUAAAUCUCUGAGUUUUUUUUGCUUUUCGCAGUCUGACACAUACUACACACUGUUUUUGGUCCUUUUGAUGCGUGUAAAGUAAAAGUUUAUCAAAUGUUUGUUCUCUUUGGGGUUUUGUCUUGUAAAUUUCUCCUGAAAGAGAUAGGUUUUGCUUAAACAGUUGUGUUAUUGAUGUCAUGGAUGAUAAAGUAAAUGUAUAAUAUCCGUCUUUAUUAGUUCUCCA